UUCAAAACUGAAAGCAGAAAUAUUUCGUUCCAUCGGCAACCGCGGCCAGCGUCUGCCUUCGAUGCCCCAUGAUGGGGCUUUCUUGGACGAGGUGCAAUCGCCUACGCGUGUAAGGCCCCAAGGGCAGGCUAAGAGGCACACCUCUACGGCGCAGAGAAACCGCCGUGGUGGAGAACAGCAUGUAGUCCAAGGAGGUGCUACUGGCUCUUGGGGGGCCUAGCCUGUGUCGGUAGCCGUGAUGGGGCUGCGUUGGCGUUUCUGUUUCUGUUAACGUUGGAGUGUGAUUUGUGUUGGCGGGGAGAAACGUGAAGGCCGCAGCGAGCAUUUUUUGUGGCAGAAGAGAUUAUUUCGAAACUUCCGCGGGUAGUGGAUGGGGGAUACAGCGAAUCAAUUGGGGCGAAAAAAGGAGAUAGUAGAAUCGUGGCGGGAACCGUGGCGGGAACCUUUCUUUGAGUUAUCACACUGCUGCAUGUAGUUGCGUUUGACUUUGUGUGCAUAGGACCGAUGUCGAUGAGCGAGUGUUGCCACCGUGUCUCGUACGAUACGGUUUGUCCGGCUUGGUGGUAGACAACACCGGAUGGAAGGCAAUGACAGGACAAGACCACAGAUCAUCUAUCUGAGAUAUUUCCGAUU